UCAUGUUGUUGCAAGUAGCUCCUAAAAGUAUGCAUUUGUUAGUCUGUCGAGUUAGCUUAAGCUGCUGUUAAGCUGAGCUUAAAGCAGCGCUGUAAGCAGCUGAUAAGCUGAGCAGUGUUGUAAAACUGCUGAUAAGCGUAAAGUGCAUCGGUUGCACUGGAAAGCUCAGCUUUGACAUCUGCGCCAGCUGCAUCGGCUUGAGCGCGGCCAACUUAGCGAAGGCCGGUUCCGGUUUGGUCAUUUUUCUAAUGACCGGCUGCGUACAUAGACGCGUAAUUACCGAAGAUUUAAAUCGGAAGGCAUCGAGCGCUAUUGGCGAUUUUUUUUAUUGUUAUAGCAAAUAUUUGGGUUGGUUUUGUUGCCUUCAAGGCCUUGUUCUUUGCUUCGAAGCAGACAGCCAGUUUGCUUCGACCAAGUGCCUUCGCAAGCCGCAGCUUGUCCAGCGGAGCACCCCUGCAACGGCCAGCGGAGCACCUCUCCGGCCCUCACGGCCAGCGGAGCACCCCUGCAACGGCCAGCGGAGCACCUCUCCGGCCUUCACGGCCAGCGGAGCACCCUCUCCGGCCCUCACGGCCAGCGGAGCACCCCUGCAACGGCCAGCGGAGCACCUCUCCGGCCCUCUCGGCCAGCGGAGCACCUCUCCGGCCCUCACGGCCAGCGGAGCACCCCUGCACCGGCCCUCUCGGCCAGCGGAGCGCCUCUACAGGCCACUGCCUGGCCAGCGAAGCGCCUUUAGGUGCCAACUUUAACUCUCUGCCAUCAUCAUCAAAUUGUUUUUGUGAAAUCAUUCUCUAAUCGUCGAUUAAAAGUGUUGUGAAAACCAAAAAGAUGAUUUAAAUUAAAUCAUGCCACUCUUGCAAUUUGAAACAAACAAAAUCUAAUUUACCUGUUAUAAAAAAAAAAAAAAAUGAUCGAAAAGUGUAGCGCUUGAAAAGAAAGCUAGAUUUUAAAUAAAACAAAGCAAAUAAAAUGCAAAUUGCAAGUUUUAAAAAUGUUUGAAAAAGUGUAGCGCUUUCGACCGAAACAAAUUAAAAUUUUACACAUUCAAGUCAAAAUUUAAAUAAAAAAAAAUAGAAAAUGGAAGUGCAGUUUUGUUAAAACACAGACGAGUUAAGAAAUGUAAAAGGUGCACUACAAAACGAAAAAAUUAAAAUCACUUAUGUCUGAAUACUAAUUGAAACAAUUGCGAAGCGCCAACACAUAUUAAAAAUCAAAAAUUAUUAAAUGCAAUCGUAGUUAUAAUAGAUUAAAACAGAGUUAAAAGUGCGAUUAAGAUAAAAAGAAUGAAAUUGUAAAAGGAAAUUAUUAAAACAAGAGUGCUGUAAAAUUGUAAAGAUAAGAAUGAAAAGCAAAUCGAAAAUUAAAAACAGUAUGAAAGUCAUGUCAAGAAAGAACAUGAAUUAUAAGUAAAAUUUCGUCUAAAUUAAUUAAUAAUUUGUCGUACUGAAAAUUGAUAGUGUAUAAUUCAAAAAAAAAAAAAAGAAAAAAUGUGCGGAUGUGCUUAUUGUGCAAAAAUUUAUUUUUUUUUUUUUUGCAACACCUCGUCGUUUAGCCCGUUCCAGCACUUCGCCGGAGAUCGAUCACCGCCGCAGGAGUUCUGGGGGUAAGUUCGAUAACGAAAACUAAAAGAUGUACAUCUUGUACAAAUAUUUUAAUUAUUGCACAUUACGCACACGAAAAAUUCACGCAACAAAAAAAAUGAGUUUGUAUAAAAGAUAGAUGAGAAUAAUAAAAUCGAUAAUAGUUGGGAAAAAAAAAGAAGAAAAUUAAUUCUCAAUAAAUAUAAAUAAAAUUAAAUGAAACACAGCCGAUGAAAACAAAACAAACUAAAAAAAAAAAAAAUAGACAAAUUAUAUGAUUAUUGUUAAGCAAAUAAAUAUUAAACAAUUAGAAAAAAAAAAAAACAAAUACGGCACAAAAUUGAAACAUUCUGAAAUACGAUUUAAAAAUUAUUAGAUUUAAAUAUUAUAUUCUUUUGUCAUA